UGAGUGUUUUCGUUUCUUCGAAUUACGUGUUUGAAGAUAAAUUCGAUUAAUUUUUGACCGUACCCCCCAGCAAUCAUUGCUGAUACACAGGGAAUCCCCUGCCUUUCUGAACAAGACUCGACACUUAGUCGUGGGAGCUUUGUUUUGUGUUCACCGGGCCUAUAGUGGUUGGUUUACUUUACUGAAUAUUGACAGAAAACGAUCGGCAAUAACCCCGAUAUUAAGUGAAAACGGAUAAAGAAGAGUUGCCGAAUACAUGAAUAUCAUCAUCUGUUGGUUUUAUUGGUAUCUUUAUAUUUUUUUUCGCGUUUGAAAAUUCGACACGUCAGGUACAUAUUUGACAUGAGGGGUACCAUUUGCAUGAGAGCGACGGCUCCGGCCCAACAUCGCUCGGAGAUUUUUUUCACUUAAUCAAAACAGCUUGUCUGACGAAAUGAACAGGGUUAAAGUUUAGUUUGCAGGAUGCUGUAGCUGUUGCCUGUCGUUGCAUCAGCCAGGCCUGCACUGCAGGAUGGUUUUUUUAAAAAAUGCAGUUUCAUAUGAUUGCAUCAUCAAACCAUUCAAAUAAACAUUACCACAGUUUGAAAGUACAUAAAUAGUUCGAGUGAUGCUGCUUCAGCGAACAUUUGCUAUGGAGCUUGUGGCGCAGAGCACAGAGCAACAAGUUAAGUCUCCUGAAGUCGAGCUUCAAAACAAGCUUGAACAAAGGAUAUGAAAACGAAAAAAAAAACAGAGCAACGACAACACCUUCGUCUUCGUUUUGGCUAAAACGUUGUGGGUUAGAGCAAUGGGAAAGGUAGAAGGAAAUACAGAAACGGAGGCAUAUGAAAAUGGAGUAACAAGGAUUCGAUGUCAAACUUUCCAUUUCUAAAAAGAGUUUUUCAAGCGCAUUGACCUAUCAGCAUCUGGACCUCCUGCUAGCUGAUUCGCCCAUAAAGUGCUAAAACGUGUCACGCAAGUCAAAAUGCUGACUAUAAAAACACUCGAUGAGCUUUUUCAUCGAGAAAUUCCUUCACACACUACCGUGUCGGCUUUAUCCGUGCCCAUGGAAUGCUGGGAAAAGGAGAUUCAUAAUCUCGUACCAAUGCUCAUGUCUGACGUAAUCGAUGCCCUGCUUGUUGACGACAGCCAAGUACAGGCAUUGGCUGAAAUGGCUACAGAAGAGGUUGGGAGAAUUUUAGAGGACAAAAUAGGAAGUCAUUUCGUUUGUCAUGGUAGAAAGAUUAAGGUCAAUGAAGUAUUUAAGUGUGAUUUUGUGAAAAACAAAAUUUGUCCUGCUAAGAAACAAGAGAAAGAAUUGAUGAGGACGAUGCGGGCAUUAAACGACAUAUUGCGCAAGGUAAUUCGUCUGUAUGAACGCUUCCCUGAGGUGGAAGAUGUGCUUCAAAAUGCAAUACAAACAAUUGGAAGGCACAAGAUAGAAAGAGGUUCAGCACAGGCACCUCUUGCCGAAUACCAAAUUAGAGAGAGAAAACGGAAGCUUGAAUCAGGAAUCAGGCAUGUUAUUCAUAAUCCAGAUGAAUCAGUUAAAAGGAGAAGAAAUAAGAUAAUGCGAAGGUGCUUAGAUCAGUUAUCGAAACAAAUGGUAACUUUUGAAAAUGAGGAUAAGGCCAGUUCAAGUGAAGAAGAAACCACUUUUAAGAGUAUGAAAUGCUAUAUUUGCAAAAAAUACUUUGCGCUACAUCAACACGGAGAAAAUAAACAGCACUUUUGCACAACCUGCUGGAGAUUUAACACGGAAAUGCGCCAUCAAAGAUCCGACUUAAAAGGAAGAUACGCGAUAGUAACCGGAGGCAGAAUCAAGAUUGGGUUUCAAACGGCGCUAAAGUUGCUAAGAGAUGGCUGCUAUGUUGUCGUAACAACAAGGUUUCCAAAUAAUGCCGCUGCAAGAUACAGCGAUGAGACCGACUAUGAUGACUGGCAUCACCGCUUGAAAAUCUAUCCACUGGAUCUUCUAAAUAAUGCUUCUAUACUGCAAUUUAUAGACUACAUCAAUGCAGCACUUCCUUUCCUUGAUAUUCUUAUCAACAACGCUUCUCAAACAAUCAGCCGUCCAGGACGUUUUUACCAACAUCUAUUUCUUGGCGAGAACGUGCAGAGAAAAACUUUACCAAAAAGGCAAAGGAACAUAUUAGUGUCUGGGAUAAAGCUUCAGUAUCAAUAUAAUCAAGAGAAGCCGGGAUUGGGCUGUUCAAAUCAACAAAUGCAAACAAUUCUCGAAAAAACGGUGGCAAAGGAUUUGGAAAGUGGUAAGUUUGCAACUUUUAUAAACCGACGUGACACAGUGAAACCUACUUUGAGCGAGAAAGACGCAAGCAUGUACCCAACCGUAGAACUAAUCAGCACGCAACAACUCGAUGGUCCUUCAGAUUCGAAAGAUAGCUGCUUUCUGCAAGCAAUGCAUUGCAAAUCUGAAUUGCCAAUCGAACAUGGUGAUGUCACGAACUGUGAUGCUAUUUUCGAAACUUGCAAUGACCAUGAAAGUAAGCAACAAUGUUUAACGGUUCCGAAAUUCCACCAAAAGACCGAUAUUAAUACGGAGUUUCCAGCAGGAGUGUUGGAUUCCGAUGGACAACAGGUUGACUUGCGCAAAAUGAACAGCUGGGUUUAUACCGCUACCGAUGUGCCUUUCAAAGAAUUGCUUGAGGUGCUGACUAUAAACACUCUAGGUCCCUUUCUGUUAGUUACGAAGCUGAAAGACACAAUGAAGAAGAGCCCAAAUCAAGCCAAGUUCAUCGUAAAUGUUUCUGCAAUGGAAGGGCAGUUUGGUCGUAAAUACAAAACGAUGUUUCAUCCGCACACCAACAUGGCCAAAGCUGCUCUUAAUAUGCUGACCAGAACGAGUGGCUUAGAGUACGCUGUGGACAAUAUAUUUAUGACUGCGGUUGACACAGGAUGGGUGACAGACGAAAACCCAGUGAGUUCACUUCACUCGAAACAGAAUGAAACCCCACUGGACUGCGUGGAUGGUGCAGCGCGUGUUUAUCAUCCAAUUGUACAUGGACUAAAACAGAACUCAAAACCGUAUUUUGCAGUGUUCAUUAAAGACUAUAAACCAUAUCCGUGGUAAAAUGUUCUCAAAGUAAACCUCCUUUUCAAUAAAAAUACUGAAUGAGACUAUCUGAUAAACAUAUUUCUUCAUAUCUCUUUCAUAAAACAUUUUUACUAAAGACUUGUCGACACUGAUAGAAAAAGCUUGGAUUAUUCAUGCAUGACGACACGGUAUUUUGAAGUAGAAUAAAUAUUAUACUAAUAAAUGUAUGUAGUAUAAUCCAUAUAUCACGUUUUAUAAAUGUACUUGUUCCGAAAUAAACAGCCUAAUAUUUACGAAGUAAUGGUAACGUUAAGGAAUGGCAAAGGAAAUGUCGCUUCCUUUCCCUGUUCUUUACACGGUGCGUAGCUAGGCUGGUCUCACCCAUUUUUUCCGGAAAUACAUGCAACGCGGGGAACUGACAGUGUCAUUAGACAAUACUAAUUAAUGACGUAUUAUUUGCGCUCGUCAUGUGAUGACAUGUCAUGUUUAUCAAUAAAUUGGAAACCCAUGAUUGCUCUAGAUCAGAGAAUUGGAAAAUGAACUAGAGACAGGUCUGUUUCUGUUGUUCGUAUCUGCCCUGUCAUAACACACAGAACAGAAUAGUAUAUUUUGCAAGGAGCAGCAACUCAUCUAUAACCUUUUCGCAAUCAAAUUAUAUCGAUUAUUUGGUGCUUCAAAUCUAUAUCGACAUCUGAAAACAGUUGCCAGUUUUUUAAUCCCGCAUUCAAUUACUUUAGAAAAUUUUGUAAAAUUGUUAUGUAUUUCUUCGAUGAAGAAACGCAAAAUUUUGAGUAUUUGUUAUGAUUACUUCACUUUUAUAUAUAUAUAUAUUUUAAACAACGUCAGUGCAUUUAGUGAUUUUCAUCUAACAAGAAUUUUUAUGCGAAAAAUUUGUAUGAGGAAAGUUUCAUCUUAAAACUCCAUUUUACAUUGUUUCCUAAGUUACUUUUAAUUAGCUACAUAUUUUGUUUGAAAUGAUGAACGAAAAAAGGAAUGUAUUUUAGAACGUAAAGAUUGCAAUUUUGUGAUACGUUAUACAUAAUUAAGAACUAGGAUUAUAAUUAUCUGA